ACCUGUGAUCCGGAAGUGAUUCCUGUGCGCGGGCCGCGUGGAUCUUCUACUGGGGAAUCUUCUACUGGGGAAACCGCUGCAGCUGAGAUGACCAAAAUAAAGGGAGAUCCCGAGGGGCGGGAAGCUCAGGCGGAGGCUUGCUCCGGGGAGCGCACUUACCAGGAGCUGCUGGUGAAUCUGAACCCCAUCGCACAGCCCCUGGCUUCUCGCCGCCUCACUCGGAAACUCUACAAAUGCAUCAAGAAAGCCGUGAAACAGAAGCAGAUUUGGCGCGGAGUGAAGGAGGUUCAGAAGUUUGUCAACAAAGGCGAGAAAGGGAUCAUGAUUUUGGCAGGAGACACGUUGCCCAUUGAGGUAUACUGCCAUCUCCCAGUUAUGUGUGAGGACCGGAAUUUGCCCUAUGUCUAUAUCCCUUCUAAGACGGACCUGGGUGCAGCUGCAGGCUCCAAACGCCCCACCUGCGUGAUAAUGGUCAAGCCCCACGAGGAGUACCAGGAGACCUAUGAUGAAUGCCUGGAGGAGGUGCAAGCCCUGCCCCCUCCCGUGUGAAGGACUUGGGCAGCAACCUGGGCACCUGUUCCAGAAGCUGUUGGGCUGGCAGGGAGCCAGCUGGCUGCCCUCUGCUGCUCACACUCACAGCAUCUCCUAGUCUUCUGAGGCACGUAUUUUUCCCAGGCAGCUCCAACAGCAUCUUCUCCAUCAGUGUUGUUUCCUGUUGAGUUUCUUGGCACUGUUUUAAGAAUGAGGUGUGAAGGAAGUAAAUGCUAAGACUAAAAUGUGA